AAAAUUCGCAUCAUUUAAAAGUAUAUGCAUGCUGUGGUUUAUGCCCUUUAAUAUUCUUCUCACCUUCAUCAUUGGCUCAGCACUUGGAUGGAUGCUUUUAAAAAUUACUAAAGCUCCUUCUGAUUUAUGGGGGCUUGUUUUAGGAUGUUGUGCUGCAGGUAACUUGGGGAAUAUGCCUCUCAUUAUAAUUCCAGCAGUUUGUAAAGAACGGGAUAGUCCAUUUGGCGAUGGUCAUACCUGUUAUAACCAGGGAAUGGCAUAUGCUGCACUUUCUAUGGCAAUUGGAAGCAUCUGCUUCUGGUCAUACGUUUAUAACAUUUUGCGGAUAUAUUCAAAUAAGAAUUCUGAAGGAGCCAAACUAGAUGAUUUCACAGAAAGUACAAAGUCUGAAGUAGAAACAGCUGCAAGUCUUUCAAAUUCUCGCCUGGGGCCACUUCUUCCUUUAAAUGUAAGCUCACUCAAGGAAGACCAUUUGGAUCAUCAGGAACUUGAUCGGACUAAUAUAAAUGAAGGGAAGCUAAAGGUGCCGCUUAUAGAGAAGAUUAAGCAGUUUUUCCAGACAUUUGCUAUGAAGAUCAACCUGCGGAAGCUCUUUGCCCCUUCAAUCAUUGGAGCUAUGGUUGGGUUAAUGGUUGGUAGCAUCCCUCAGGUUCAGAAGGUGUUGAUUGGUGAUAGUGCUCCUCUUCGUGUCGUUGAAGACUCUGCAUCUCUACUCGGGGAUGCAGCCAUUCCAACUGUCACCAUAGUUGUGGGGGCAAAUCUUCUUAAAGGUUUGAAAGGGUCACGGAUACAGCGAAGUCUAAUAAUUGGGAUAAUAGUGAUUCGAUAUAUAGCUUUGCCAAUAAUGGGGGUAAUCAUCGUUAAAUUGGCCGUCCACUUUGGCUUGGUGAAGUCAAACCCUUUAUAUCGGUUUGUUCUUCUACUUCAAUUUGCACUGCCCCCAGCAAUAAAUAUUGGUACAAUAUCCCAAUUGUUUGGUGCGGGUGAGGGUGAAUGUUCAGUAAUAAUGCUAUGGACUUAUGCAUUGGCCUCGGUUUCCCUUACAAUGUGGUCUACAUUUUUCAUGUGGUUAGUGAAAUAAAAGUUUCUCAUCAUCUCCCUCCCCCGGCUUGUUCAAGAGCUCUGUAAUGUUUAAUUAAUUAUCAAAUGAUAUGUCCCCAUCAAACAUGAUACAAGCAAGCAAUAGAAUGAUCAUAUAUGUAUAUGCUACACCAGC